AUGCACAAUUACGCCAGGAUAAGUGCUCGUUAUAUCCCCAGGCCCGUACCGUCGCUCCAGAUACGAUCACUGCUGUCACUUUCACAAUCCCCUUGCCAUACACGAUUGCCAAAUUCUCGUUCAUUUGCACAAUUAUCUCAAAGAAUAGCGGGUAAGCCUCGCAUUAAGUACGACUGGAUCCGCGGCGUGGAAGAACUUGCAGACUAUGAGCCCGGCGGUUAUCAUCCUUUGAUAGUCGGGGAGACAUUGCAGGGUGGUCGGUAUAACAUCGUGGAUAAACUGGGCCAUGGAGGCUACUCAAUGGUCUGGCUUACAUACGACAAUCUUCUCAAACGCUAUUUAGCUCUGAAGGUUAAUAUAGCAUCUUCAGUCUCGCGCGAGACACAGGUGCUUAGAGCUCUAUCUGCACCAUUGUGUAAUACUCCUGGUUGCCGUUUUAUUCCCGAACUUCUUGAUGAGUUCAAAGUACAGGGUCCGAAUGGAAUUUAUACAUGCUAUACAGUUCCACUGGCUGCUGUUGCUCGAGUCAUUUGCUAUAACCUUACUCAGGCAAUAGCAUAUGUUCACUCGCAAGGAUAUGUUCACGGAGAUAUACAUUUGAACAAUGUUUUACUCACCCCAUUAUCAAACUUUGACAACCUCUCUGUGGAUCAAUUUUACAAGAAAUAUGGAAAUCCCCAAAUCAUUCCUGUUACACAGAGAAAUGGCAGCAAGAGCCCACUUCCACCCAACAUUCCAGCUCAGGUAGCCCGAUCGCUACUCCUGGGGAGAUAUAUAGACCAGAUCGAGGUAUCAAAAACGCAAAUUCUUCUUAAUGACUUCGGCGAAGCCUUUAAUCCGGCCUUAGAAGUCAGGCUUGGGAAAGAUUGUCAUACCUCACAAUGUUCUCGGGCCCCAGAGGCCAAAUUCGAAGCGGAUACACAUCUCACUGAUCGAUCAGAUAUAUGGAGUCUUGCUACAGCACUAUGGGAAAUCAUAGGGAUGAAACCUAUCUUCAGUAAUGAAUUUGUUCCCGAGGAUGAAGAUGUGGCACAGCAUAUUGAUAUACUGGGACCGAUGCCUUCCGACUGGUGGGGAAAAUGGGAAGCCCGAAAUUAA